GCUCCCCCAACACACUUCUGUCCCAACAAACAAAGACAAUCACCAUGGAACAAGAAGCUACUGCUAGGAAAUCUCCUACUCUGUCCCCAACUGUGGGCCCCCUCCCCCAUAUUGUGUUCAGUCCGCAGCAAUAUCUACAGCGUCGCUUUGCUAUUCACUCUAUCCUUCGUAAGCUCAGUACCCAACAGCACAUUAUUGGGGGUCUCCAAAGCCUGCUUGAUGUCGGUUGCGGUUCGGAUAUCUUACUGCUUCUCAGUUUAAUUCCGUGUGAGGAUGCUCUACCUAUUGAAGUUCUUACUGGAAUUGAUAUUAGUGAUGAUAUCAAGAGCGAUUUAUGCAUCGAGAGUAUCUCUCCAGGAGCUUGGACCGGUAAUACUUCGGGGGAGGAUAGAUGGAGGCCGUUGGAUAUAGUACUUCUGUACGGUGUGUUUGUUCCCCCUCCCUUCCGCUCUUCCAUUCCGGCACCCUUUUAGUUUUAGUCUAAUACUGACAACCAUUGGAAAUUUAGGCGACUUUCAGUAUUUGUCACCAUACCUGAUUCCCAAACAUGAUAUAAUUGUUUCUAGCGAAGGUCUGUCAUAUCACAACCGAUCACUCGAAGUGCUAAAUGCUUACUUGAGUAUAGUAAUUGAGCAUUUGGAUCCCAAACCUUUAAGCCUCUAUGCCGGCACCUUGUUAGGUACUAUGAGACCAAAAGUUUGCAUCAUUACCACACCCAAUAGGGAUUUCAACCCGAUUUUCAGCAUUAAUUUUCCAUCUCAGGGCCAAAACGAAAUCGAGUUUCUUGAUUCUGACAAGUUUGUUUUCACUCCUUUUAGCAACUAUCAGCUACGAAUAGCUUACUAAUAAGGGACAGACCUAACAAUAGUGGCAAAUUCUGGAGAGAAGGGGUUUCCUAUUUUAUGCGCCAUCACGACCAUCGCUUCGAGUGGACAAGAGCGGAAUUCCGUACCUGGGCUCGUAAUGCUGGUCAGCAGUUUGGAUACAAAGUCGAUUUUACCGGUGUGGGCAGUUUCGGCUACAGCAUGAUGAUUGAGAACGUGGAUGAAGCAGUAGUCGAAGAAUAUCUUACGAAAGAUAUGUCAGGUCGAGUUGAUAAACCUGAAGACGCCGACUACUUUGAACUGGAGCCUGCAAGAUCCAAUUUAGCGAAAAGGGCGGGCAGAGUCUAUGGAGACUGCACUCAAAUCGCUGUUUUCACUAUUAACACUGACAAUAGUAAUAUGGACUGUCAGGAAUUAUGUGAGGGAGUUUCUUUAAAGCAUGCUUUGAAAGUUCUCCCUCCUGUUGGGACGACCACCGAUGGUAUUUACCUCGCUAAACAUGUCGAGUACCCCUGGGUUGAUUACCCUUACCCGCCAGGGAACCGCGAUACUUUAGUCAUGAUUCAAGGUUGCUUGAAUCAGUUUAUCCCGACUCUAGUGUACGACGCCUGGAGCAACCCACCAGUCGCAGAAUGGGACAAGCCUCGUGAAACUGAUAUCAUGGAGCUGGGCUUUGACGACGAAGAUCCUAUCGCCAAGAGAAAGCGUACGUAUGAUGAAUUGAGAAAUGCAAGAGACCAUACAACCCGACUCUUACAGGGUAAAAAUCCGGCGGAUCUUGAAGUCCUUGUCGUACCAGUCGAAUUGAAGCGUAUUUGGGACUCCGAUUGGAAGCUACAGAGGGCGUUUAGAUUCGAUUACCACAUGUUUACCACCAAUUUCCAUCUUGGUGGAGCCCCGAAUUCGAAUCUAAACGAUACGAUGUCCCUUAGUACCGAAUGCAAGUUCCCACCCCGGAUACCAGACUUUAGGUAAAUAAAAAUUGACGAACCACACAGGGGAUGAAAUUGUUUUCGCUGGAGCGCCUCACGAUGGUGAUUAUACAGUUUACGUUUCCACUCAGGGUUUCCAGAUUAAAUACGGCAACCCACAGAAUCCUGUAUUCGAACCCGAGCCAGACUCUUUCCCGUUUUCAGACAGUGCCGAAGGCCAGCCAAACAUCUGGGCAGAGUUCGCUUUUACUCCCGGCAUCGUUCCUAAGACCCAUGACGAAGACGAGCGCGUCGUCUUGAUAUUGGGCAAGAACGCUACCGUUCUUGUAGCCCCCGGCGACGAUGAGGACAUGUGUGGGAAGGAUAUUCUCUGGGUCACUUUUCGUAAAGGGGUAGUCUUUCCCCCUUACGAUGACCGCCGUUUUAAAGCGCACGAUGUGGGGGGAAGUCUCAGGUGAUUUUUUCCCCUGCUUCCAUUGCUGACCGAUAAUCUUCCCCCCGUGGUGCGUCCACUCUUCUUUGAGCAACCGGAUAGAUGGAUGGAUAGAUAGAUAAACAAGUGAAAAUUCGAUAAUAUAUCGUCAAUGCUUGGGCUUUCUGUUUCUCGUUUUAUGCCGAAUGAGCCGUACUUGAAGUUGAUUGAAUACGGGUGAGGGAACAACGAACAGAAGGGACUGCGAACCGUACCAAAAAGAUCAGGUACCGUAGCAGGCGUCAAAUUCGGUGCGCACUAUCGAUUAUAAGAAUAGGGCAGGAUGACACGAUAAACUUCUCUCCCGAUCAAAAGAAAAGAAGAGUUUAUCCAACAAUCUGGUCCAUCCACUGUGCGCGAAAGACAGUAGUAUAACCGCGGAAUCUCCUGAAAUCCAUAGUACGAUCAACCCCAAAGAACCAAACCACUCUACUUUAUAUACCGCCCAGCAGACGACACCUCAGAGCGGUACCGGUACAAACCCCUCCGCCGCCACCUCCUUACUUCCUUUCAUUCCCACGCUUUCAAAAAAUGGUUUUCUUUAUCUGUUUGUUUCUUUCUUUAUUCCUGUCGUAUGCUUGAUCCAUCCUAACGAUUCCAGUUUAGUGCGGUACAGUACACGAUUGAAUUGCAAGUGCAAUAGUUGUGGCCUUGAAAGCCUGAUUCCACAUGACGAGGGAUAAUAAUGAUACUUGUAUUUGUACCGGCAGUGUGUGUGUGUGUGGACUGUACGCCUGAGGGGGUGGUGAGGUGUCCGAGAAUGGAGAUGCUGGAAUCCUCGAAUUUGGGAGUAGAAAAUAUCGUGGUAGGUCUUGACAUUUUUACGUCU